UUCUCACUCACACACACAUACACACAUAUACACAUUCUCACAGACACACACACGCACACACUCUGUCCCUCCAUCUCCCAAAGCAGGGACUUGGCUUCCCAGCUCGCAGCCAGAGCCUGGAGGAGCAAACACACUGCUUCGGGGCUUCCCGAGCUCCGGGAUCUUUUAUUUAUUUUUAUUUUUUUUCACAACGGGAUCUUUUAUUUUUUAACAAAUAUUUUGUCCGUUUUCCCCUUCCCCUUCCCCUCCCGCCGCUCGCCACUUUGGCUCCCGGAGAAGGAUGAAGGGCGGGUGUGUUAGCGGGCGGAAGACUUGUGGGCUCCUUCUCCUCUGCGCUUUGAUCCUCGCAUCGGCCGAGGGACCCGUCUUCACUAAUCAUUUUCUGAUCGAGUUGCAGAAGGGGGGAGAGGCCGAAGCCCGCCAAGUUGCUGCGGAGCAUGGCUUUAGUGGGGCCAGAAAGCUUCCCUUUGUAGAUGGCAUGUACCAUUUUUACCACAAUGGCCUGUCCAAAGCCAAGAGAAAACGCAGUCUUCAACACAAGAAGCGGUUGGAGAAGGACCCGAGGGUGAAGACUGCUUUGCAGCAGGAAGGAUUUGGCCGAAGAAAGCGAGGCUAUCGAGACAUAAAUGAAAUUGACAUCAAUAUGAACGAUCCUCUCUUUACCAAGCAGUGGUAUCUCAUCAAUACCGGCCAGGCAGAUGGGACCCCUGGACUUGACUUGAAUGUGGCAGAAGCCUGGGACCUGGGGUACACGGGGAAAGGCGUGACUAUAGGAAUUAUGGAUGAUGGGAUUGACUAUCUUCAUCCUGAUCUCGCCUCAAACUACAAUGCCGAAGCAAGUUAUGACUUCAGCAGCAAUGAUCCGUAUCCUUAUCCCCGAUACACAGACGACUGGUUUAACAGUCAUGGGACCCGGUGUGCCGGGGAAGUGUCCGCCGCUGCCAAUAAUAACAUCUGUGGGGUUGGUGUGGCCUACAACUCCAAGGUUGCAGGUAUCCGGAUGUUGGAUCAGCCGUUUAUGACGGAUAUUAUAGAGGCCUCAUCCAUCAGCCACAUGCCUCAAGUGAUAGACAUAUAUAGUGCCAGCUGGGGACCAACGGAUAACGGGAAAACAGUGGACGGACCUAGAGAACUAACUCUCCAGGCAAUGGCCGAUGGAGUGAACAAGGGUCGUGGCGGCAAAGGCAGCAUCUAUGUAUGGGCGUCUGGGGAUGGAGGGAGUUACGAUGACUGUAACUGUGAUGGCUAUGCCUCAAGUAUGUGGACCAUCUCCAUCAAUUCAGCCAUUAAUGACGGUCGGACUGCUCUGUAUGAUGAGAGCUGCUCAUCAACCUUAGCCUCCACUUUCAGCAAUGGGCGGAAAAGGAACCCAGAAGCUGGGGUGGCUACCACGGAUUUAUAUGGGAACUGCACCUUACGUCAUUCUGGAACAUCUGCUGCUGCUCCUGAAGCUGCUGGUGUGUUUGCAUUGGCCCUGGAGGCUAACAUGGAUCUGACGUGGCGAGACAUGCAACACUUGACUGUGCUCACCUCCAAAAGGAACCAACUUCAUGAUGAGGUCCAUCAGUGGCGGCGAAAUGGGGUUGGCCUGGAGUUCAACCACUUGUUUGGCUACGGGGUCCUUGAUGCAGGGGCGAUGGUGAAGAUGGCCAAGGACUGGAAGACGGUGCCUGAGAGGUUUCACUGCGUUGGAGGUUCAGUUCAGGAGCCUGAGAAAAUACCAUCGAGUGGCAAGUUGGUUCUGAGACUCACGACUGAUGCUUGUGAGGGGAAAGAAAACUUUGUCCGCUAUCUCGAACAUGUUCAAGCCGUCAUAACCGUGAACACUACAAGAAGAGGAGACCUGAACAUCAACAUGACAUCCCCAAUGGGCACCAAAUCCAUUUUGCUCAGCCGACGACCAAGAGAUGAUGACUCCAAGGUGGGUUUUGACAAGUGGCCUUUCAUGACCACACACACUUGGGGGGAAGACGCCAGAGGGACAUGGAUUCUGGACAUUGGGUUCAUUGGGAGCGCUCCCCAGAGGGGACUGCUGAAGGAAUGGACACUGAUGCUUCAUGGAACUCAGAGCGCCCCUUACAUAGACCAAAUAGUGAGGGAUUACAAAUCCAAACUGGCAAUGUCCAAGAAGGAAGAGCUGGAAGAAGAAUUAGACGAAGCUGUGGAGAGAAGUCUUAAGAGCAUUCUGAGUAAGAACUAGCACGGCAUGUCUCACUUCACCUUCGUUUCCUAGCCCAAGUCCUCUUCACAUCUUUCCGCUUUCCAUCUUUCUCUUAGGCAAAAAUUAAUCAUCUCCACCGAUGAGUCCAUUUCUCUUGAUUUAAAUUCUUCUGCAGGGUCAAGGAAGACUCAUUACCACAGAGGUAUUUAUUUUACACUUUGAACCACAGAUUUAUUGUUCCUUACUAAUUCCUACGUACACUUUGUGACUGUAAAUGAUUUUCUGUGCUGUUCAAAUAGGUAAUACCUUGCAAACAAAUCUAUGGCAGCUUAUCCCUUUUUUUGGUGUGUGUGUGUGUGUGUGUAUAUGUGUGUGUGGUAAAUGUUAUAUAAGGGGUGAAAAAGAAAUUUUAAAAUCUGAACUUUGUAGCACCAAACAUGUCUAUCUCUGAAUAUGGUUGAAGAGAGAGAGCGAGCUUUAAAGUUCCCACCAUGUGCUGUCAAGCCCACCUGCUCCUUAGUCAAGGUGUUUUACUGUUUUAUUUUUAAAAGAAUCCCAUUGCACUCGUGAGGAUAACUGGAUGUAUUUUUGAGAUAACACAUUCUGAAGGCAUCAUCUAGAGGUCCAUUAAUUCAUCACUCAACUAUUAUCAGUUAAGAUUAAGAAAUUUGCUAAAGCACAUAGGUUUGGGGACUGAUCAGUCACCACGGUAAAAACAAACCAUUUCUGCUGGGUUCUCCUUUCAGCAGCCUCCUUUCAAGCAGAAUAACUUGUUUGCAUUUUGUCAGCCUGCAUUUCAUUCUCAACCCCUAUUUUCUGGGGCUUAUAACGUGACUGUCAAAAUUUUACAAUAGGUGAAGGUUGGCAGGAAAGGUUUCUGUUGAAAUGCAGUUUUAAAAACUAUAACCUCCCUUUCUAAAGAGCAGUUUGAUGUUAUAUAAGUGCACAAAAUAAAGGAUGCCUUGGUUUUGCAACAAUAUAAUGUAGAUUUGAUUUUUUUAAACAGGAAGAUCACUGGUUAGGAUCUCUGUGCUCGGUUGAACAAUGAAACCAAUUUUUAAGCACCAUUUAAGUAUCUGGGAUGUAUGUGAAGUGGUUAGUUGAAUACAUCAUCUGGGAACUGGUCCUCUCUUGCAUGUCUGGGUAGUUUACAACCCUUGCAAAGGGAACGUAAUGUCAAAGAGGGAUGUAGCUUUGAGGAAAGAUUCAUUCCUGGGGCCAAUACACAUGAAAACAUGGCUUGACCAUCCUGGAAGUCAGAGAAACUAGUAAAGAAAUGGACAUCAUCUACAGUGUAGAUGCACGAAAUUUACCCCUAUAGGCUGUCUCAAUUUAAUUCUCAAAUGAUUCUUCUGAGAUUUUUUUCCUCCAAUUUGUUCUUUACCAAGCCCUUCCUCACACAUACUCAAAGGAAAUUAAUCUGAAUUGUUUAUGUUCUCCUGAAUAUCUCCCUCAUUUCCACUUCUGAAGAGCCUAUUGAGUCUAGGAGGUUUAGCAUUUAUGGGAAUGACUUAAAGAAGAGCUAGGCAAGUCUGCUUUGUCUUUUUCUGUUCAUUUUGAUACGUUGCAGACUAAGUCCAGUAUAAUAACUGAGGUUUUUUUGGCUUUUUUUAGUUUGCAACUCUUAAGAUUUUUAAAUUCAGUUUUUGACAUUUCCAAUUUCAUUAGAAAAUGUACCACCUGCUAAAGAUGAUCUUUAAAAAUUUUGGUUCCCAAAGCUGAAAUCAAAUUCAUUUCAUUUUGAGGGUCUGAAAAUAAACCAAAGGACACUAUGUGUGCAUGAACACACAAAUACUUAUCUACAUAUGUAUAAUAUAUACAUGUGUAUGCAUGUGUGUAUACCUAUACUUUCUAUAUGUGUACAUACAAACAAAUAUACAUAAAAUGUGUGUAUGUGUACUUACUAAAAGAUCAGAGAUCAUCAAUAAAAGUCUUUAAACGUAUGAAAGGUUGAAACAUCCUUGUGGAGAUUUAGCUGGAAGUGUACAUUAAAUUCACAUUAUAGUCCUGUAAUUUUGCAGUUUUCUGUAAAAACAUUAAAUGUCUUAUAUAGCAGCAAAAUUAUAAAAUGGCUGUUCAUAUUUUUCACAAUGAUGGUAAUUUAUGAAAUUAGAGAUUAACAUAUUAAGCUUCUUAAUAGAAAUGGUAAGUUUUGAUAUGAGAAUACAGUAUAUAAUUAUAUAGAGAAUUAUAUAUAAAUCCUUGGUCUCUAUUCCAUUUGUUUGCAUCAGUAUAAAAACAUUGGAAAAUGUCCAAUAGCAUUUGUUUUUAUGGUAUCCCUGAUGCAGUUAAUUUAUAGUCAUUUAUAUAUAAAAAAGUGAAACCUCGUGGAAAACGAUGAAGACAGGUUUAGAUUGUUAAAAUAUCAAUCCCUUGUGAUGCUGUUUUACAAUCAAAGUACAAUAGAGACAUGUUGUAUAAAAAGGAGGCUCUAUAAUAAAACAUUACCUACCAGAAGC